AUGCUUGACAAGCUUGUACACAAGGUUGACGAACUUUACUCUCUGGUCAACGGCAUCUCAGAAUGGCCAGAAGGCGAAGAGAAUGCCUACAAAGAAAGACUCGUUCGUGUCUCACGAAAGAUUUUAGGCUACUACCACACCAUCGAACAGGACCCUUCCGAGGCUACUCGCGAUCCACUAAAAGACUUGGGAACGCCUUACUUUGUCUGGCUCGACAAAACAGUGCAUAAGCAUGUCUCAGCUCCUUCCAGCGUACCCACCAAAAUCUUCAACACCCCCGGCUUUCGCGUUAAGCCCCCAAUUCUCAAACAAUACUCGAAUCUGAUUUCGGCUAGGGCCAGUUCUCAACUUCAGGACGUCCCCAUCAAUGAUUCGAAGAAGGCUGGUAAAGCCAAAGCAAAACACGACUACGACGACGCCCGCCAAGCGAAGAAAGUCAAACAAGGUGCCCGCUCCUCGAAAACCCGUUCAGAUCUCUCUCCCGUACCCGAAGAAAAGGCCUCUCAACCGGCAAAGCCCUCCAAGAAGCCGAACACUUCCGCCGCCAACACCCAGUCCUACGACAAGCCUCAAGGAGCCAAAUCCCACCCGCCCAAAGCGAAGAAACCCCUGGAAUUCAAGAGCGACCCCUCCACCCUCCCUUCAUCGCGUAAACGACCCAAAGUUCCAGAACCAGACGGCUCCCACAGCCAGGAGGAGACCGACCGACGGCCUGCCAAGAAAUCGAAGGUUCCCCCUCAUGACCAACCUCCAGUCCAGACGUCUACGAAGCUACCAACGGCGUUACCCCAACCUCGACUCAACGCACAGCUUCAGCAUCAAGCAACCCCUCAACCAGACGAACAGGACCCAGAACAGCUAGACUCGGAGGUUUCGGACACCGAGGGGCAACGAGUGGCCCAACGAGCGGCCUCAACAUCGAGGAGCGAGUCUCCCACCCUCCCAAUACGACUUCCUAGUAACGAAGACCUCCCUACCGGGAAUGUUUCCGCGGACCUCGCGUCUCUCGUUCAGCUCGUCCUCGCGCAGACUUCAAGACUCAAUGAAAUCGAAGGUGACCAUCGCGUCCUCAUGGAUAAUGCUUCCAACCACACCACCAGCGUCAACAACGGGAUCCCAGCCUUCGUAACACAGGAACUUCUGGAUUUGCGCAGCCAGGUGUCCGAUCUGCAACGCCGGAACACCGCUCUCGAAACAGAUCUGCGCAAGCUCAAGACCGCCUUGGAGAGCACGGUCACCCAAGCUAGUAAUUUCGAUACAUUUAUACUGCCGAAUGCUUCAAAUGAUUGGACUCAAUACCUCGCACCAUCCGACCAGUCCACCACGUCGGAAGUAGCACCUCACAUUAACUCUGUUUCGAAUGUGUUCAAUAGUCUUCAUAACAUAUAG